UAAUGAGCAAUUUCAUACCUGAGACUAAGACCUUUGGUAAAUUUGAUCCUCUUUUUACUAAUAAGUAUGAUAAGGUCGGCCCAGAAUUUGGAGAAUUACAAUAAUGUAUAAAUUUGAUAGAUAUUUCAAGAGAAAAGUGAUUUCUUGGCUGCUAAUGUUGGAAAGUUUGAAGUACAACCCGAAAUCCCUUCAAAUAUUGAAGGACUAGUAAUGAGGACUCCAAUAACAUGUAAAUGUGUUGAUUGAUAAGCAAAGAAAGAACUCCAGUAACAAUGGCUUGGUUUAGAAGAACAACCUCAUUUGAAAGAAAUGGAAUUUUCAAUAUUCAUACUCCAGUAAUGAAUACUAGAAUCUUGCCUUGGAUUUUCUUCAUAUUUGUUGCUUAUGGUUGGUAAGGAUUCUAGAUUUCCUCAUGGAAUACAGUAGUCAAGAAAGAUUCUAAUGAGCCGUAAGAAAUAUAAAUUAUCAAAUAGUCGUAACUCUCCUUAUGAUAAAUUAUCAUUAAGAGAAUUACCACCUGCCAAGAGUUGGGCUAGACCAGGUUGAAUA